CCGAUAAUUCAGCUUUUUUUUUCUUGCAUUCAACAAACUCUAUUCAAUGGCCGGGCCAAAGCAAAAGCCAAAGGGGCUGAGCCGCGAACUGACGUCCCUAUACCUGGAGAACCAGCCGGUGCCUGUGGCGCUGGACCAAUUCCGGGCCAAGCCAAAAUUCGGCACCAAAGCAGAGCGCUGGGUGUGGCGAGGGUUCAAGAGCAGCGCGCGCAACGACGACCUUGUGCUGCACCACUGGACCAAGGCCAACGAGCAGUUUACAGACUACUUCUACGCGCGGUACAAUGCAAAGACGAAGCCGUGCCAGUACACCGAUGACGAAUACACAAAGCGCAUUGAGCCAUUAGACGCGGCGUGGACGCGCACAGAAACGGACUACUUGCUGAAGCUGUGCGAGCAGUUUGACCUGCGGUUCGUGGUGAUACAUGACCGCUACUACACACACCCGGAGUGUCCGAAGGAGGGGAUGAGGCUGGACCGCACGCUGGAGGACUUGAAGGACCGGUACUAUGCGGUGAGCCGGGUAUUGACGCAGAGCCGGGCACAGCAGGAUACACGCGAUCUGGAUGACCUGCCAUUGCAGGCAACAAACAAGCUGGCUGAUGACCUGGCGCUGCUGCGGUUCGAUAAGACCAAGGAGCAGGAGCGAAAGAGGUAUCUCGAGGCACUGUUCAGACGCACCAAGGAUGAGAUUGAGGAGGAGGAAAUGCUGAUUGCCGAGGCACGGCGCAUCGAGGCUAACGAGCGGCGACUGGUGCAUGAGCGCGAGAUGCUGAUCCAGUCGCAUGUGCUGUUCGAUGAGGUGCCCGCCGGAGAUGUGGGCCCAGCAGUCAAGGUGCAGUUCUCGUCAGGCUCAGAUCUGCCGCUGCAGAGUGGAGUGGCGACUCCACUGGGAGAGCACGGCCGGGUGCGCAAGGGCGGGCCUGAUGGGUCAGACACGGGCAGCAUCAAGUCUAUAAAGCGCCACAAGUCGUCGCACAACGUGGCGGGCAGACAUCGGGCGGGCUCGCAAAAGGCCGAUGCGCACCAUGGAGCACCCAAGCUGAGCACCAGCAGCGUUGAUGCCGGUGGACGUCACCGCACGCCCUCAUCGCCGGGGCUGGGCAGCGCACCGCGUGUGAAGGACGAGCGUGGCUCGAUGCCGCCCGAGUUUGGCAAGCUGACAUUUGCCACUGAGGAACACCUGGUGGAUCCGGCAAUCUCGUAUGUGAGUAUCGGGGAGGGCGAGACCGUGGCUGUUGCGCAGCGCGAUACCAAGCUCGGCCCUGGCGUGUUCCUGCGGUCUGACAAGCUACACCCGAUCCCCAAGAACAAGCUGGAGGCGGUCAAGGAUUUCAUGCACGACCUUGGCCUCAGCAGCCCGAACACAAUCUGGCCGCGGCCCGUGAUGGCCACGCCUGCAGUGUGCGACCGCUUCGACAGCCUGCAGUCGACAAUCAUCCCGCUGCUGGACUGCAAGAAGACCGUGGACAAGCUCGAGACCGAGGUCCAGGUGCUGCGGUCGCGGCGGCGGCUGCUGGUCAACGACAUCGGCGAGGCCAAGGCACAGGCCAUUCGUGAGCAAACUGCCGCCGCUGACGCCAGCCAAGAUUGCCGAGGCCAGCCGGUCGUUGUCUCCGGCAGGUCAGCGAGACGCCGCUGGCGGGCAGACAUAACCGCAAGGGCAGCUCGGCCAGCAGCCGCAAGAAGCACCGCGACUAGGCUGUUUUUUGUUGGAAAUGGGACAUGUUUUAUUUGCGCCUUCGCCGAAUAAAU